GACUUCAAUAAAUAAAGAUUGGCACAUGUCGAUAGUCUCUAACUGAGUUUCUGGAAAGUAAACUAAGAUGUCUGAUAGUGAUGUACCUAGCCUUUGCAAUACAGCAAUCGAAAAAUCAGAGUCAGACGACGAGAAUGAAGAAGACUAUGAAGAAAUAGAAGUAGAACAGGAGCCUGUAGUUUGUUUAUUUUGUUCAUCUACUUUGGACACUAUUGAUUCAGGAAUUUCGCAUCUAAAAUUGGAACAUGACUUUGACUUUUCCAAACUUUGUUUAGAUCAAUAUUCGUACAUUAAGAUGAUUAACUAUAUACGAAAACUCAACCCCACUCCAGAGGAAUUAAAAAUAAAGGAUGGUCUUAUUCCCUGGGAAGAUGAGUCAUUUUUGCAACCGGGUAAAUUCGAGCCAUGGCUUACAUUUGACAUUGAAUCAUUUUCUAAUAAUUUUGGUGACGAAAAAAAUCACAGAAAGCCCUCAACUAAAAAGACCAUCACAUUGACAAUCGAUGAAUAUAAAGAAAUGAUCAACAAAAUAGAUGAACUUGAGAAUUUACUUCAAAUAUCUCGAAACAAUUUUCGAACUUUCCUGGAAAAUGAUUUAAACUUACUAAAAACAUCAAAUAACAAAACUGAUGACAAAGAUGACCAUCAAGAUGAGUCUUAUUUUAGUACGUAUUCUCAUUUCGGUAUUCACUAUGAUAUGUUAAGUGACAGCGUGCGGACAAAUAGCUACAGGCAAGCCAUAUUGAUGAAUAAAAAUCUUUUUGAAGGUCGUACUGUACUUGAUGUCGGGUGUGGAACUGGAAUUCUAAGCAUUUUUGCUAGCAAAGCAGGUGCAAAAACAGUUUUCGCAAUCGAUCAAAGUGAAAUAAUAUAUCAUGCAAUGGAUAUAGCAGAAUCUAACGGUAUCAAAAACAUUAAAUUUAUAAAAGGACGAUUGGAGGAUAUCAAGUUGCCAGUUCAAGAAGUGGAUAUAAUUAUAAGUGAAUGGAUGGGAUAUUUUUUGAUGUUUGAAGGGAUGCUAGAUAGCGUCAUUUAUGCUAGAAAAAACUAUCUUAGCCCUAAUGGAAUAUUACUUCCUGACAAAUGCAAUAUUAGCAUAGUUGGAUAUGGGGAUGUUGAACGACAUGAUGCCUUUGUCAAUUUUUGGAAUAACGUGUACGAUUUAAAAAUGGAAUGCAUGCAAAAAGAGUGUUUGAAAGAGGUCAGUGUUGAAACCUGCAAACCGGAACACGUACUCACAGAACCUGUUGUUGUCUGCAAUUUGUCAUUAAUGGAAGUUGACUUGGAUUAUUCAAACUUUGAAUAUAAAUUUUCAUUAAAGGUUACGCAUAGUGGAUCCUUAACAGCAUUCGUAGGUUAUUUUGAUACCUUUUUUCAGUUACCAACACCCAUAAUGUUUUCUACAUCGCCAAGUGCAAAGAGCACUCAUUGGCGUCAAGUUGUAUUUUAUUUUAGAACCCCUAUUGCAGUAAACAAAGGGGAAGAAAUCCAAGGAAUAUUCAUUUGUAGAAGAGGACGAAAAGACAUCCGUGGACUUAAUAUUACAAUUAAUGUUUUUGGACAAACUUGCAACUAUAUUCUGGACUAAAUAAAAAUGAAAUACCAAAUUAGGCCGCUAUAAAUCAAACUUUGAGGCAAAAAAAAAAAUAAAAAAGUUAAACAAUUCAUCAAAUAUUUCCGGUUUUUGGUCUUAUUUCAUAAAUUUUGAAUAGAA